AUGACACCAAAGAAGAAAGAUAGAAAGUUAAUUACACCAUCAGAAUUAUUCGAUUCAGUCCCAUUAGAAAUAGAAGACGAAAUAUUAGAAUGUUACUCAGAAAUAAUAGAUGAAGAAGAGCAAGAAGACUUGCUUUUAAAUCAAUUGCCCACGGUAUUUGAAAGAUUAAAAAUUCCAUCAAUAUAUACAAAAGAUAUAAUAACUUGUAUUGAUUAUUAUUAUGAGUUUAUGAAAGAUAGAGAUGUUGAAGUCGAUUAUCAAAAUAUAAAACAAAAUAACACCUUGAAAUUAAUUCAACAAUUUACAAUCACUUCAAACAUAAAAGAUAUGAAGAAUAUACUAGAUAUAAUAGAUAUAGAUAAAUUAAUCAAGAAUGUUAACAAAUUAAUCAAAUUUAAAAAUCAUCAUGAACAUAUUUAUUACAGCUGGAAAUUGUUUGUUGACUGUUCAAGUAAUGAAGAAAUGACACCAGAUCAAAUUGAAUUUUACAAAUUAACGUUACCAACUUUAAAAAUUAUAAAAUCAAAUUUGAAUUUAGAUAAGGAUCCAAACUCAAAAAAACAAUUGAAUGAUUCAUUUUUAAUAGAUAUGUUGGGAUGUUGUAAAACUGAUAAAAAUGAUGAUUUAAUCAAUUUUUCAGUUGAAAGAGAUGGAGCUUGCGUUACAUUUAAGGAUUUUGCUGUAAUAUUAGGUAAUUUAGGAGAACUAGAUCAAUGA